UUGCCUAUUUUUACAGGAGGAAUCGUUGCUGAAUUUAAUGCAACAAUAAAUACGUAUGAUAAAGAUUUUGGUGUAUUUAUUGGUAAAUUAUCGGAUCCAGUAAGCGAAGAAACUCGUGGCUAUGUUUAUGUGGUCAACGAAACAACCCUACAGAUUCUGAAUUUUACCUACAGUAAUACAGCGCCAGAUGCCUAUUUUUGGUUGGACAGAAAUGAAUCACCGACGAAAGAAGGUUUAAAAAUUCCAACAUUUGAAUAUGGGUUUCAUAACCUUGGUUCGAUUACGAUACCUCAGAAUUUGAUGAUUCCAAAAGUUCAAUUUUUAACUUCUGGUGAUACAACAUUGACGUUGAAAGGAAGCCGAUAUAAUGUUGAUUCUGGACCACUGUUGGUGAUAGACAGAAAAACAAUCAAAAUCUUUGCAUUUAAAUUUGACGGUGACAAAGCCCCGGAUGGAUACUUCUUUGUUGGUAGAGGUCCAAACGUUGCACAUGAUGCUGGAAUAAAAGUACCAAUUCGUGGCCGCGAUACACCUGAGUUAAUAACAGCAAUGAACGAACGAUAUCGUGGCGGACAAGAUAUUAUCAUUGAUUUGCCAGACGACUACGACAUCUAUCAUAUUGACUGGCUGUCCAUCUAUUGUUACAAGUUCCGUGUAGAUUUUGGUCACGUGCCGAUAAAUAACAUCUCGCAAAGAAUUCCACCCCAUGUACCACCACAGAAAAGGCACGAAGAUGCUGAUCUUUCGAAGAUUCAAGGGUGGAAGGUUACAUCGUUACUGGGUAACGAAAAACGUAGAAGUUUCACCUUCCAACUUGGGCCACCGGGUGGUCGACGAGGGUAUCAGGCAAUGGCACAGGCACGGCCUGCGAAGUAUGUUUGGUAUGUAAACGGUUAUCUGGCAGAACUGUAUCUGAAACGAGGUGUUAACUAUACGUUUAAUGUUGAAGGUGGCGCUGAUAAGUCUACGGCAGACUUUUAUAAUCCUUUGUACCUUUCCGACGAUCCAUUUGGUGGUUAUUCAAAACUUUCUGAAGAUGAACGUAAGCAAGUGACAAUUGUUGCCGGUGAAGAUGCAAUGGAAACAGCUGGUCGGCUGUGCUUAUGGUCCCAAACUGAAGAUACUCGAGACCCAGACAAAUAUGACAAUUUUACAAGCUACAGACAAACCCUUAAAUUGAAAUGUGGUGACUCACCGAAAACAGCAUCAUUCAUAUUUACGCCAGAUUCUGGAACACCCGACACACUAUACUACCAGAGUUAUUCAACGUACAAUAUGGGUUGGAAAAUUCAUGUGGUUGAUGAGCUACCAGAGGAUAUUGUUGACUUUGAAGAGGAACCCUACCAUGACAUGUCAUCGCCGUCUUCAGGCUCUUCAUCAAGUAUAAUGUCUGGUUUUUCUAGGAUAUUAUUUUUUACAAAAGUAUUGUUUUUGGUUACAUGUAUGUUGACUUGGGCUUCAUGA